GGAUGGGUACUUGGAUAAUUAAUAUCCGCACACGGUGCAAGUUGGACUUUUCCUCCCUUGCGACAAGCCUGUCGCUGAUGUAUACACGUCCUUCGUGUCCAUCCCCUAACCUAAUUCCCCAUUCUACAGAUCUUUGCAAGAACGAAGAUGGAAGACUAUGGACGGUAUCUGCCAGCUGCCAUCGGAAGGUUGGUGGGGAAGCUGCGUUUCUAUCUAGGAAACAGCAGUGAUUCAGGCAAGUUCAAAGGCACCAUGAAGAUGCUCAAUUUAUUGGAGGAGAAGCUCAAGCUCCUCCGAGAUGGGGAUCUGCAGCGUGUUAGUAUAGACAGAGAGGAAGAGAUGAACACAUGGCUGCAGCAGGUGAAGGAGGCUGCAGACGACGCAGAAGAGCUGGUCAAGGACAUGGAGGCCGGUGAGUCAACAAUUCCUGAUGUUAUGGCUUGGUUUCGUUCUGAUAGCAGUAACCUUCUCAGAAUGAAAUAUACCAUCGGGAGACUUGUUAGGGUGUGCACUGAAGGUGAAUCCCUUCUUAGCAUGGCGGACCUGGAUGAGGAUGUCCCGGAAAGCAAUGGAAAUGAUAGUGCUCCCUGGACCCCUGAUCACACCUAUGUUGUUGGUCGAGAUAAGGAAAUAGCUAUGAUUUUGGACAUGAUAUUGGAUGAUGCUCAUUUCAAGGCAGCGACGUCGCUUGAAAGCUGGGAAACUAUUGACAGCUUACAAAUUUCUCAGAAAGGAUGGAUCAUUGAGACCCUCAGGAACAUAAAUCUAUCUCUGCAGAGAUAUGAAGAUGCACAAGUAUCACCUUACCAAAAGGAAAUUGGUGGCACAAUAGAAUAUACCCGUGUGUACAAUAAUACUGUAAGUGAACCGACGAACCCUGUUAUCAUUCCGAUUGUUGGAAUCAGCGGGGUCGGUAAAACAACGCUUGCCCAGCUCAUUUUCAAUAAUGAAAGGGUCCAGAAGCACUUCCAGGGUCAAUCUGCAUGGGUCUAUUGUACUGACAACAUCAGAAAGGAAGAGUUGAUGACAAAGGUCUUGGUAUCUUUGCAGCCUUCAGACAAGAUGAACAGCUUCCACAAUCAGCUUCAGAGUUUCAUAGGAGGAAAGAGGUUUUUCCUUGUGCUUGAUGAUGUAGCUGAUGAGAUACGCACAGUUUGGGGUGAUGUAAUAAGUGUUCUAAGCAGAGGUGCACCUGGAAGCGUCGUCCUAGUGACAACCCAACUGUAUGGUGUGGCCAACUUUAUGGGGACUACGACUCCAAUAUUUUUGAAUCCUCUGCAGUACGAUGAUUUGUGGAAACAUUUUAAGCAUCAUGCAUUUUCUGGUAAUCAAAGUACAGAAGCUCUGGAGUCAAUUGGCAGACAAAUAGCAGACAAAUUACAUGGUCUUCCUUUAGCAGCAGCAAUGAUUGCGGUGUCAUUGAGAAAUUAUUUAGAUCAAGUGCACUGGAAUACUCUCUUAAAAAGUUGGUGGUGGAGUGUUUCAAGUAAUAGUUUGGGCAUCCACGUUGCAGCUUCUCUUGGAGUUUGUUACUGUGAAUUACCUGCAUAUUUGAGGCAGUGCUUUAUUUAUUGUUCAAUAUUUCCUAGAAACUAUAUAUUUGGAAAAUAUGAGUUGAUCCAGAUGUGGAUAGCUAAUGGCUUCAUUGAGCUAAACCACACUGCUGGUACAAGAAGCUUGGAGGACGUAGCUUCCGAAUGGUUUGAUGAACUUGUUAAUAGGUGCUUUCUGCAACCAACAAUUUGGGAGCUCCGAUAUGUUAUGCAUAAUUUGGUUAGGGAUUUUGCAAUUGCCUUAACUUCUAAUGAGCAUCGUGGUGUUGAUUGUGAACUGGUAGAUCUUCCACACAGUGUCCGCCAUUUAUCCAUGGAUAUUGAUAAUAUGAACGUGCCAUGGGCUGACUAUAACACUAAAAGUUUGCGAUCACUAAUGUUGUUUGGUGGCUUCCAUGACACCAAACCUAAUGAAGGUUACAAUAUUAGCCUUCUGGAGAGGUCUUAUGACACUGUUGGUAACAUUUCUGAGGGGUUUUCUGACUCAAUUGAUAAAGGUGCUAACAUCAUUUUGAAGAGAUCUUGUGUGACUAUGGACAACAUUUUAGGGAAAUCAACAAGCUUGCGCUUAUUGAAUUUGUCUAACAUGAGGCCCGAUGCUGAAUCGGCAUGCAUUGAUGAUCAUCUACCUGUUGAGGAUCAUGUUGCAGCCUUUUCGAAGUUCAUUACAAUGAAUCCAAAGCUGCCGCAGUUGACUCAUCUCAGAUACUUAGAUUUUUCAUACAGUGGGAUUACUCAACUUCCUGAUUCUUUAUGUACCUUGUGCAAUCUACAGGUUCUUGGCUUGCGAAGCUGUAGAUUCAGACAGUUACCAAGACACAUGAACUCAUUAAUUAGCCUACGACACUUACAUGCAGAUGCAGAUACAAUUGCUCUAAUUAGUGGCAUUGGAGGGCUAACAAAGCUCCAAGACUUGCACGAAUUCCGUGUUAAAGCAGAGGAUGGCCACAGAAUAACUGAGUUAAGGGAUAUGAGGUACAUUCAAGGUUCCCUUUGUAUCUCAAAUCUUCAGAGUGUGGCCAGUCAAGUGGAGGCAGCUCACGCUAACUUAUUCAGAAAGGACCGUAUUACUUGUUUACAUCUAAAAUGGGACAGAAGUCAAUAUUUGAGUGGUAAAUAUAACCCUUUCAGAAAGGAGUUGAGUCAGUAUGAUAAAGGUCAAAAAGAGCCAGGUCAUGUUUCCUUACUUCAGAAGAAUUACAGGUCUUCAGAUAUUUCAGGAUCAAUUGUGAAUCUACCAGGGGUAUCUACACCUGAUCUAGCCAUUGACAUACUAGAGUGCUUGUCUCCACCAAGGAAUUUGCAAAAGCUGAAAAUUUUUGGGUACCCAGGGUGUUCAUUUCCAGAUUGGAUGGAACGCCUCAGAUAUAUCCAAGUUAUUGAGAUAAGCCAUUGCAUAGAACUGCAGGUACUUCCUCCUAUUGGACAGCUGGAGCAUCUAAGGAAACUGAAGUUAUAUGAGUUGCCAUCCAUAAAAGAUGUCAGGUCUGAUGUAUAUGGAACCUCAAAUGUUGUCUUUCGUUCUUUGGAGGAGCUGAGUUUUGGAUCCAUGGUAAAAUGGGAAAAUUGGGCAGAUGCAGAGAACAGACAAUUCUUUCCAAACCUGCAAAAGCUGCAGAUUAAUAGGUGCUAUAAUCUGAGGGAACUACCUUAUAUGGUCAUGGGCUUAGCUAUCAAAGAACUUUCACUUUCACGUUGUGGUUCAUAUUCCAGUAAAGUAUCAAGUUAUUUGUGUCGACUAACCUGUCUCACACAUUUAAAGGUAAAUGAUUGCUCACAAAAGUUAAUCCUUCCAUGUCAAAACUUGGUAUCACUGGAAUACCUGCACCUUUCAAAUUGUAAGGAGCUCUGCUUUGAGGGUGGAAUUUUUUGUAUGAACAAUUUGAAAGCCCUACAUAUUUCCAGCUGCCACAUAAUCACAUUAUCCCUAGAGGAAGAGAUCGGUCGCUUACUCUCAGGUUGGGCACUAAUGUAUGGAGAAGAGCAAGCACUUCUUCUUAAAGCUACUAUUCUUCAGUUAGUCAAAGCGACAGGCAUGAAAAGUAGAGAAAUCCACCUUCCUGUUUCUUCUGUAGUUGCAUUAUCCAAAGAGCCGGGCAGAAAAAGGAGAGACACACCACAUAAACAUGAGCGCAUUCAUGUUAUGCAAUCUCUCACUGACCUUACAAUGGAUAACCUUUCCCAGUCUCUAAAUCUUGAUAAUAUUCUUUGCAAGCUUUCAGCACUUCGCACUCUGUGUCUUCACAAGAUUUCCAAAAUAUCUGUUCUUCAAGAACAGUGGCUUGAACAGAUUAAGUCCCUACAGGAGCUGGAGUUUUCUAGUUGCUACCUACUCAGGAAGCUCCCCUCGAACCUGACCUCUCUGUCGUCCUUGAAGAAGUUGAGUCUGCAGUCAUGUUCCCAAAUUCAUUCGCUACCAUCUAAAGGUCUACCACGGAACCUAAAGGAGUUACAGAUACUAGGUUGCUCACAUAUCCUAGAGGCACGAUGCCAGAAGGAAAAUGGGGAGAUAUGGGUGAUGAAGAAGAUACAGGACCAGCAGAUGCAAAAAAUAAAAGAAUAUCGACAGAAAAAAACAAACGAGUUCUGGCAAGGAUGGCAGAUGAACGAGGAAGAGUGGAUCCAGUGUGCAGGAGAGGAGCUGAAGGAUAAGGGAGAGUGGUUGAUGAAUGAAGAAGAGGACUGGCUGAAGCAUAGUGCGAUGGAACUGGUAGAUAAUGUAGAUGUGUGGCGCAAGGCCAUGGGAGAAGAUUGGCCAAAGAUUGCUCACGUUCCUUAUAUCCGCGUGAAUGGUGAUAUCAUACAGAACCUUUAUCUCUGAACCUGCAGCCUCACCAAAUCUGUGUGAAAGGUUUUUUAGUGUAAAGAAGUGACAACUUCCAGGAAGCUAAUACCAUGACGCAUUCCACAUCCAUGCACGAUCCAGAAAUUGAGCCAUGGAACCAACUCAAGCACAUCCUUGUACUGCAAGGCAGCUGCAUGAUCUUUGUGAAGCGUCUUGCCAGGUGCAGAGAGCUUCAGAGAACAACAUAACCGGCAGCUUGGCUCCUCAAUGGACUGUACCAGUGUCCUCACCUCAUGGAGCCCGGAUAUCCUGCAUCUUACUGCUGAUGCACGUACCAGGACUUGUCUUCUGCCAGGCAGCUGUCUGAGCGAAGUGGCAGUUGAUCAGAUGCACAAGCUUCAGAAUUCUGAGUUAAAAGUGCAUUUUUUUUUUUGUUGAGUGCAUAGCUUGUAAGUGCAGAUUCAUAGCUAGAAGUCAUUUUUUAAUAGAGUGAGUAGGAGUACUUUACAAAAGAUUCUGAUUUCUGAGUUAACGCAAUUGGUAUAGUUGUUUCCUAGUCACCCUUGACGCUUAAACAUAUGCUGGAUUUUGUUGAUAUAUGGAGGAAACAAUACGUGAUUUUCAGUGCCAAGAAA